AUGGUCGUCCGUGGAGUGCACAUAGAGGCCGCUCAUCUAGUUAAGAAGAGGAGCAUAGACCAGCCACUUAGGAUAAGCAUAUUCUACGACCACUCUGUAUAUAGAUUAGAACCGGAGAAAUUCGAUAUGAUAAAUAACACAAUUUUACCGGAGGCUGUAAAGUUUUGGGAGCAAGCCCUCAAAGUCCGGAAGACUGGGGGCCCGAUCAAACUAAACAGGUGA